AUGAUCAUCGAUCCAACUUUUUUAGUCAAAAUCACUUUCUAUGCAAGCAUGGUGAUUUUCAUUUCCCUAACAUUCACAAGUAUUCUCUUUGGUUAACCUGAUAAGCUGACAAGAGGAUUUGAUCCAGAUGGUAAUACAAAUAUAUUUAUAUAUAUAUAUAGGUAUUGCAUGUGGUGCUGAUUUUGGAUCAAAUUAAUAUCCUUAUAUAUAUUUCAGUAAUCCUACACCUACUACUCAACAUUAAUCAGUAUGUGUAAAAUCAUGUCCUAAACCUGAUCAUAAAAAUGGAAGUACAUAUAAAAUUCAAAUCAUUUAGUGCCAAAACAAUUAGAAUGUGUCCCUAACUCUAAUGUUUAGUAAUGUUAAGCUAAAUUCUCUAUUGAUAAUCCAGAGGAUUAGUUCUUAAUAUAUGAUACUUUCCUUUACAAAGGCAAUAUUUGUAUGCCUAGAAAUUUAGCUUAUUAUGAGGCAAUCAAAGAUAUAGCAACACCUCCUUCUAGAUUAACAAAUACAAGUGAUGUAUUUUAAAAUAAAUGGAUGCUCCUUAUUUUUAUAUUUAUUGCUGGUAUUGCAUCUAAAUUAUUGCUCACCUAAUUAAAGGCUAAUACUUAAUAUAGUGUUUGGGCAUUAACAUUUGGAUUAUUUAUAUUUGUGGGAAGUCUAGGAAUUAUUUUUGUUUCUUAAGCUAGAGAAGCUAUCUCUAAUUCAUCAGAAACUAAUUCAAUAUCAUCAUUUUAAGUUGAUGAAGAAUAUAUUUUGAAAAUGACUAAUGUGCCAGAUCCAACUAAAUUGAUCUUUUUAUCAUUACUUUUUGUCAUAUUGACAUUUUAUGGAGCUUAUUUCUUAUAUCACAAUUAUGAUAGAAUAAAAAAUCUUUCAUAAUUAUUUGAAUAAGUUGAAAAAUUUAUGGCUGAACAUGAAUAUCUAUAAGAAUUCUCUUAUCCAACAAUUUUAGUCCUUAAUUUCUUUCUAUUUUUAACCAUCUAUACAAUUCUGUAUUUAAUUUAUAUAUUAUAAAUAGUUCAUUAAGAUCUUGUUUUGUAAUUGAUUUUGAAUAGAUUGGACCUUUUGAAAAAAUUUAAGGAGGUUUUCUUUAUUAUUUCCAGUACUUGAUAUUUAUUUUUUUCUUAUGGGGAGUCUAAAUAAUUUUUGGAUUUAAUAACUACAUCAUAUCAUCAUCCUUAGUAUAAUGGGUUCAAGUUGGUCAUGUUCAUAGAUAAGAAUAAGAUUUUCAAUAUAAUCACAAUCAAUCUUCACUUGUUUUAACAAGAUUCUUUUUACAAGAAGCCUUUUAUAAUUUAGGUAAGAUAGCUUUUGCUUCAUUUCUAUUAUUGGUUUCACCAAUUAAAUUUGUAUGUGAUGCUUUAAAGGAUUGGGCAAUUAGAAGAAAAAAUGAGAAGUUUAGAAAUUUCCUUACAAAAUAUUGUUGUUUACCUUUUAUUGAAAUAUACAAUAAAACAAGGUCAAUAGAAGAAGUUAUUUAUGUGGAAUUAACAAUAAAUAGAAAAAGUAAUGUAUCUAUAAAUGUUUGUUUAAAAUUCAUUGAUGAUUAUUUGGAACUAAAAUAAGAAGAUUCUAAUGCUGCAGAAAUAUUUGAAUAAUUAAGUAAUUUUCAAUUAAUAAAGAAUAGGAAAUACAGUUGAUUCAUUUUUAUUAAUAACCAAAAUAUUCAUUGCACUAUUUUGUGCAAUAAUAUGUAAAUUUAUAUUGAAUUUUAAAUACAUUUCUAAAGAUAUGUAUGAAACAAAUCUAACUUGUUUAAUUGCUGCAGUGAUAGGAUAUUAUGUUGCAUCAUUGUACUUCUAAACCUAUUCAAUUGUUCUUUAAGGCUUUGGCUAUAUAUAUUUAAGAACAAUGCAUAUAUGUAAAAUGAAUAAUGAGGCAUAUGAAAAGAAUUAAUAAAAAAAGAAAGAUACUGCAUUUGAAACAUUUAAGAGUAUUUUUAAAGUAUAUCUAAUUAUUUAAUUUUAGGAUUUCUCAGAUAUUAUGAUCAAUUUUGAGAAUAAGCUUAAAGAAUAGAAGAAUGAGCAACUUCCUAAUUGA